AUGGCCGCCAUCAUCAAAGGCCUCUUUGGAGGAGCUGCACCAUCUGCAUCGCCAAUUCCAGCUGGCGACUCUGACUUCGCCGAUUUCGCUGGAGCUCCCGACCCAACGCCCAUCUCCUUCUCUACAGUCUCCUCAGCAGCUGGAUAUGGCGGGGCCGUACCUACCAGCACUAGCACUGUGCCUUGGACGAAAUGGUACAAUGUUCACGAACGACAUAGUCUAGGCGACUUCAAGCAGGAGGGCAUCAUUCUUGGUUUCCUUGUGCUUACCGUUCUUGUCCAUCUUUUUGGCACAGGUAGCAAUCGCAAGAAGGCCAAGUCGUGGAUCUCAGCGCAUGCUCCUGUUUUGAAGAAAGAAUUCGCCCUCGUUGGAUUUGGUGGACCACAAAUCGCAAGUGAGCAGGACAGCCUUGUCCUGCCGGAGUCCUUAUUGAAAGAGAAAUCCCCUCAGGAAUUCACGACUUACGCCAGUGGUCGACAAAAUGUUGCUUUCCUUGAUGUCAACCUUACACUACACAAGAGAUACAGUCCAAUCACGAUGAUUGCAGAAUUCGCAAUGAGCUUGUUCUUCGACAGCAUGCCCACACCCGCUGAGCGCGUGGAAGCCAUCUUGUACCCAUUCGAUGGCCGGGAGGCGCUCACGGUUCCUGGCCAGCUUCCUGGCGCUCACGAGCUCCGCAAGGAUACCAAGAGCAGUUAUGACGGAUUUGUUUGGGCAAUUGUUAACAAGGAGACCAUGAAGCAACUUCGUGAUGAUCGUUAUGACGUUUCCCUUACUGGCACUAAAGACAGUCCUAAACUUCCGAACUGGGUGACAGUCAUGAGCGAAAGCGCAGAGAUCACCGACUUCCUACUCACUCCUGAACUCAUCAAAGCCAUCGAGGAAGCUGGUGAUCUUCUAGAGCACUUGAUCAUCACUGACCAACCUGUUGAUCAGCCACAAAAGCUUGAUGACACUGUUCCAAAGAAGCGUAUCAAUCUCUCUUACCGACUUCCAUCAUCUGGCGAUUUUUCUAAGCUCCUGCCAAUUUUUGAGUACUUUAUCCGCCUGACUGACACCCUUGUCCAAGGUGCUCACUUCCGAGCUGAGGUUCUCCGUAAAGUCCGUGUGACACGUGAGGAUGCUAUUAAGAAGCUUCAAAAAGCCGAUGAAGAUGAGAAAGCUGAAGAGAGGGCUUUAGAACGCGAGAAGGCUAAGAAACUGAAGCGCGAUCUUGAGCUAAAAGGUCUUGAUGCCAAAGCUCAAAAGAAGUAUCUCGAGAAAGAGAAGGAACGUGAAAUGAGGAAGAUGCAAAAGAAGCAGACCCAGAAAGGUUAG